CACAAAAGAAGAAGAAGAAGUUGUUUUCAAUGUUUGGUUUCGGUUUUCAAUAAUGACAAGUCCAUCAAAAUGAGGCAGACCCAUCAGCGUUAUUUGUGGACAAUUUUACCAUGUUUUGUUGCACUGUUGGCUGUGACCAUUACAUGUGCUCCUGUCACCGCUGUCAGUGCGCUCUUAUUCCUGUGUGUCUGCUGUGUGGCUCUUCUAUGGAUGAUAAAGAUCAAGGAUCGCUCCGUAUCGAGUCUUUUGGCUCAGUAUGUGGCAGUGAAAGCAGUGUGCUGGCUGGGGAAACGCCAGAGAAACAGACUAGAGGCAGACACGAGGGACAUUCAUCGCGUUCAAGAGGAGACUCUGCUAAAGCGUCUACAGAAACACUCCGACACAGUUUACGGCAAACAGUACGAGUUCACAUCAAUUAAAGAUGUAGAAACAUUUCAACAGCGCCAUCCGAUCACGGAUUACGACCAUUAUGAAAAGUUUGUGGAGCGUGUGGCUAAAGGAGAGCAGAAUGUUUUAAUAUCGGAAAAGCCUCUUAUUCUGGCAAUGACAUCAGGAACAUCUGGGUCCAGCCGUAUGCUUUUGAGCACCAAAGACACCAAUACAGAAUUCUUCCUACAGGGGGUGACAGUUUGUCUAGAUGCCAUGAGACAAGCCUUUCCAGCUACCGGCUGUCUCCAGCAAACCCUGAAGCUCUUUUACUCACCCAUUUUUCGUCAGAGUGAGGCAGGUAUUCCUAUCGGCCCUAACUCCUCAACACCUGCCUCUUCUAAACACAUGCUGCAUCUGUACACCACGCCAGCACCCGUCUAUCAGGUGCUGAAUGAGAGAGAUGCGUUAUAUCUCCAUCUGCUGUAUGGGCUGAAGGACCACAAUCUUGGCAUGCUGGAAUCCAACUUCUGCUCUACCGUCUUUUAUGCCUUCAGAGCCCUUCAGGAACAUUGGAAAGAUCUUGUAGUGGAUGUGGAAGUGGGCAUGAUCAGCUCCAGACUGAACCUGAAGGCUGAUGUGCGCUGUGCCCUAGAGAAAGUGAUGAAGCCGGAUCCAGAGAGAGCUGCUGAGCUCACAGCCCAGUUUGAAAAGGGCUUUGAGGGAAUCGCACUCAGGAUAUGGCCCCAACUACACCUGGUUCUGACAGUGGACUCAGGCUCCAACCAGAUUUAUGGGGAGAUGUUACGGCAGCACUACUGUAAAGGUGUCCCGUUCUACUCCCCUUUCUACGCUGCCACUGAAGGCCUGAUAGGUGUGAACCUGUGGCCUCAGCAGGAGAGCAGACAAUAUCUGCUGAGUCCUCGCUCCAUGUUCUAUGAGUUUAUACCAGUGGGGGAUCUGGAUUCGGCGCGGCCCAAAACUCUCCUAAUGGAGCAACUCCAGGAAGGACAUAACUAUGAGUUGCUGGUCACCAAUGCUUCAGGAUUGUUCAGGUAUCGCAUUGGAGAUGUUGUGAAAGUAGUUGGAUUUCAUAACCAGUGUCCAAAAGUGAAGUUUGAGUAUAGGCUUGGGCAGAUGUUGAGCGUGCGUGGUGAGAAAGUGUCUGAAACACUGUUUUUGGGGGCUCUUAAGAGGGCAGUGACACAGUGGCCAGGAGCCAAAUUAAUAGACUACAGCUGCGUUGAGAGCGGAGUUUUAGGCAGUGCAUCUGGAAUAGCUCAACCACAUUAUCUUGUGUUUGUUGAGCUAAAGGGUGUGAGGAACCUCUCAGAGGAACAAAGAUACAAGCUAGAUCACUGCCUCCAGGAGGACUCUGAUAUCUACCGAUCCUUCAGGAUAAAGGGCAGCAUUGGACCCAUGAGAGUUCAGCUCGUUCGUGAUGGAACAUUUCAAGAACUGAAAGAUCGCUUGAUGGCCUUCUCCAGUACUUCGUCCAACACCUUCAAAAUGCAGCGUGUUAUACGCAGGAGAGAGUUUGCAGACUUUCUACUGCAGAGGGCUUUUUCCUGAGCAUUUCAAAUAGAUAUGAAAGAAGCAACGUUUUUGGCAAUGCCAAAAUAUUUUCUGCUAUCCUAGUUUUACAUGCAGAGAUAAUAGAUGGUUCCUUUAAAAAGUGUUACAAAGUGGUUCAAUCUCAUUUCUAAAACAGUUUUUUGUUUGAGCAUUCAGACCAGCCAAAACAUAGCAACAUGAGUUUAGGAUGGGACUAUUAGUUUGUCACCAAUGAAAGUCACAAAGAUUGUUUGUAAAACAGGUUUUUGCUGCUAGAAAGAUGGUUCUUGAUCCUAGUCUUGGGCUGCGUUUCCCAAAAGUUUAAUUUGAUCAUACAGUCAUCAUUUGAUCAUUUGAUUGGUUUCAAUGGGUCUACAUCGAUAUACUUAAGCUUACAAUGCUUUUGGGAAACAUAGCCCUGGAGGAUCCCAGUACUGCAUAUUUUGGAUGUGUUCCUUAUUUAUCUAUUAUAAAUAAGGGUGGUCAUGACCUUCCACCUGUUUUAAACACCUUAGUCUUAUUCAAAUUAAUGUGACACCCUAUCAAAUGAGCAAACAUCUAAGCAGGUAAGCCAGCAUGCAACUAUUAUAUAAAACAGAAAUGAAGGUACUUACAGUGUGGACAGGUCAGUCUUUAUAAUAAGAAAAGGCAGACUUGACAGUGUCUAAUGUGAAUCAGUGUUCUGUUUUUGACUGAUGUACUUACCAUUUCUACUUUUCCUAUUUCCUCCCAACUGAUGGGUACAUUUCUAUUAUCACCUUAUACCUGGUAGAUAGCAUUCUGAGCUUGAACGUCUGUAUAUAUUUUAUGUUAGAUUGAGUCAGGGACAGCAUUGGAUUGCCAUUUGCUUUACUGUGGAAUCACAGAGAAGGAUAGCCCAGCUCACCAGAUGUUGGACAGAGGUACAGGUACUUUCGUCAUUCUUUUCAGGCUGAUACUGAUACCUUUCUGAUUGUCCAAGAAAUGACUGAACAUUUUAUAGCGGGCAGCAAACAGAGAACAUAGCAAAUUUUUUACACUGUGUAAUGCUGUGGAGAAGUCUUGCUUUAAGUGUGUAUGGUUAUUAAAUAAAAUAUGCAUAAUGACUCUGA